UGGAAUGGCUAACCUUGAACACUUGAAUGCAUGCUAAAUGGCGUCGAUGGCGUCCUCAUACCGCGUUCUCUUCCGCCUGGUUAGGCGACCGUUUAACUACAUAUUCAAGCAAAAUAGUUCGCCAACGUCGCAGAUAAGUUCGUCGAGUUUUCCACAAGUAACGCAGAGUUUUUGCCAGAAGUUGCCAAGCUGCAAGAGUGCCAUGCUAGCAGGAUUGCUGUCACUUCUUGGGCUGCAGGAGCGUGAACCAGAGGACCCACUCAUUCACACAAUCAAGCUUGGUAUUCUGAACCUGCAGAGACAAGAUUUUAACAAGGCUGAGUCAAUGCUUCAUAUAGCUCUCAAGAUGGCUCAAGAGCGGGAAGACAGCCAGGCUGAGACCUACAUUUUUGACGUCCUGGCCAAUGUGGCUUUUGAGAAAGGGGACUAUGACAAGGCUGAGAAGCUCUUUGUGGAUGUCAUGAAACGUUCUAUUGCUGCCGGGAUGCCACGUGAUGACAAUGCCAUUGUCGAGAUGUCACUCAAGCUCGCUGAGAUUUAUGAUCACCGCAAAGACACAAAGAAGGCUGAGCAGGGCUACCGCUUUUGCAUUGAUGCGCAGGAGAAAAAGUUGGAAAAAAAGGAUUACUUAGAUCGGCUUUCUGAGCUAAGUGAUGUUGAAAAGGAUACGUUGGUGCUUUGGGCACGUAGCACAGAGGCAUUUGGACGGCAUCAGCUGGAGCAGGGGAAAAUUUUAGAAGCACAGAAGUGCUUUGAGGAUGCACUUACUGUCUCUAAAACAGUUAAUGGCAUGGGUCACGAAGUUACUCUUUCAUUGUUGAAUGAUGUUGGCACUGUGGCUUCAAUGCUGCAUGACUAUGAGAGAGCUCUGAAAUUGCUCAAAGAAGCAAUUGCACUGGGUCGGGACAUUAAGUCAAGCAAUCUGGCUGUGUUCUAUUGCAACCUGGGCGGUGUGCUAAUGGAGGAGGGCCGGAGCUAUGCAGAAGCAGAAGAUGCAUGCCGAGAAGCUCUGAAGCUGGCCAACAAAACAAACAACAGUGAAGCUGCAGCCAGGUCUCGUGACUGCCUGGAGGAGUUGAAGAAACGUGCACCUAGAGCAGUGUUUGUGAGGUGAUCAACGACUUCUUGUGGCAUUUCACUGCUGCAAAGUGUUCUGGUUCUGUUCUACUGUUUGCUUAUGUCUCACGUUGCUGCAGGCUGGCAUCAGUUGCACUGUCAUGCAGUUGUAUUUGCACUUUUGAGUUGCCACUUUGUUGAUAGCAAAAGUCAUCAUGUGUUAUCUAGUCACAAACAUGUAUCUAUGGGGCAAGAUAAAUGGCUCCAAGAAUAGCAUUUAUCCCAACUGUGGUACAGCUCUGUCUGGGUAAGCAUAUUUGCUUCUGGCAAAGACGUCUUCUAUUUUCUUAGCCUGCACUGCCUUUCCUGGCCUUUAGAGUCUAUGUGUUAUAGGCACUGUGUGAAACAGGUGAAGUUAUUGUGCGUAGAUAUAUUUCCUUACUGAAAGCUCCUAUCCGAUGAAAGAAUCCACCAAGACUAAAAUUUAAUGCUUGGUGCACGUGAAUGUUCUUUCACUAUUUUUCUGAGUGAUAUUUUUUUCAUCAAGUACUAGCUGCAUGUUGUAAACGUAUGUACUUAAAAUAACUGCACCGUAUAUUUUCACAUUGCACUGUUGUAGUCGUUGAAGAUGUGUGUAUCUGUAUGAUGCUUUGUGUGACAAGUGUGGAAGCAUGAGCAUUGUUAAGCAAUAAAGUUAGAAGCUUAGCCCUAGUGCUAUCUUAGUCAGCAGUGACUUGCUUGCAAGCCAAGCGACAGUUUAAACAAAGAAAAAGAAAAAUGAUGUUCCAAGCUGUGUUAUGAUUAGAAUGCCACUAAUACAUAGCUUAAAAUUCAAAAUGUGCAAAUGCUGUGCUAUAUCUUUUCCUUUUGACUCUAUAGGCUAUUUUAUGCAGACCUUGUGCUUACGGGUGACUCUAGCGUAAUGCCAUUAUGGAAUGAAAGUUAAUUUGUAUGCAUGAAAGUGGUUGUAAAAAGACACGAUCAGCAUUUUAUUUCAUGAGCACAUUGACUCUAUGUCGAAGUGCUCAUGUUGCAACCCAAGUUGUUUGUGGCACCCAUGAACCAGAAAUAAUGACUUGCUGCUUAAGGACAGCCAAUUUUAUUUCCAUAUGUUAUGUGCAAAAUUCGACAAUUGCUAAAUGCUGGUUCAGCUUGAAGUGUGAACCCUGUGCCUGACUUUCUGGAGCAAAUGUAGAAGCUUGUGCAGGCUGGCAAGUCACAGCACAGGCAGGCUUGAUAGGUUGAGACAAAUACAGUAUCAUAUGCAUGUUUCCUGUUCCCACCCUCAUUUUAUAUGUGCUUACUGUUUGUGUUUUCAUCACGGAUUUAACUAAAUGACAUUCAAACCCAAAAUAAUUUUGUCUGUUUUUUGCAGUAUAACAUCAUUUUGGUAGUGGUGGACCAUCUGAAUUAGUGCUUGUUUUUUGCAGAAAAUUGAGGCGCUACUUUCUUUAUGGUAACAGGCAGCGUGAAUUGUGGCGCUACUUUCUUGGCCUGUUAGGUUCAGGAUUGUGUGAUAAAUCACUAUUUUGAGGGAUAUUCUGUUACAUAUAUUUGAAAAUGCCUCUGCUUCACAUUCAUGUGGAUACUGCCAUAAAAAGUUUCAUUAGUGUAACUUUAUGUACGCAGCAGGUGUCAAGGUUCUACUGUUUAUGGGUACUGAAAAAUGGAAAAUAAAUGUUGAUCACUAUUCUUCUUACUGGCAAUUGGGGAUCCAAAGAAUGCAUCACUGUUUAUUUCGGUAUGCCACUUCACUCUUGAGUGUUUGUGUAACACUGUGCUGAUUUGCUAAUAGGCUUGGUCAAAGUAAACAUGAACAAAAGCUAAUGCUGGCUGACAUAUUUGAUGGCAUGCACACUUCAUAUUUGUUUUCUAAGUAGUCUGAAAGCAAUAGCAUACCUUCCAAGUUUAACGAUUUUACUGUACAAUGCCCAAUUUUUAGAGCUUGUUUACUCAUACUGACAAGAAUUUUACUAUGUUUACUUCAUGUUGAUUUAAGGGCAAGACUGAUUGUAGAAGAAUACCAUUGCCGGCUGAUUUUUUAGAGCCUGAUUUUUCGGACCCCCUUGAUUCCUACCCGCCGUGGCAUCACCCUCUCAUAGAACCUAUCUAUAACAGCAACCAAAAGUUCAGCCACCAUUAGGUGAAUAUUUUAUGAGUUAAAACUUCAUGAAACAUUUCCAAGAGUGCCUGUUCCUGCAUUCCUGCAGAACAAGUCUGCAAUUUUUAAAAUAAACAGUCAACAUCCUGAGUGAUAAAACAGGUUUUAGUACUUUUCACCAAAUUUUAGUAUUUCUAGGUUCUGACAGCAGUAUUUUUCAUAUGUUAAGGUUGGCAGGUGUGCAGUAGUACAAGUGUCGGUGCCAUAUAUAAAUUGACCAGUCAUAUUAUAAAUAUUUUUAUGCACUUUGAAGUGUAACUGUUCCGAAUGAUAAAAAAGAAAAAAAAAAUCAGAGGACACCUAAGCACUUCUUCCAAUGCGAAAGCAUUAAUGUCCCAUUGAACGCAAUUGAGCGGUCCUUCGAGUUAUCCUCGCGGGCAAGCGAGCGCAUUGCGAUGCUUGGCCAACGUCUCCUGGAUAGCAGAAAGCCGGUGCAUGAUGUCAUGCUACCUUGCCCGACUGCCAUAGAAUCUAAUGGGGACGCUCCCGAGUAAGCUGCAGUGAUUUUGACGUCACCGCUUUCGUCAUGCCGGGCUUGGCAAUGGCAAUUUCAGUCAAAGUAGCAUGACAUCAUAAAGCAGAGUGUACAGGCCUGCAAUGAUUUGAUUUGGCCUUACCGAGGCACAGUCAGAACGCAGGCGAGAGCGUGCGCGGACGAGGAACGCGCAGAUAACACAGGCUUCAGAGAGCGAGGGUGAUGUGGCAUUGCGGCGAUGCCCUUUGCCCUCAUGCAACAGCUGGCGCGCUAUCGCCGCAGUAGGUCUACCCCGUCGCCCACUCUGCUCCGGCGAGGCUUGCUCGUGACGUGGCAUCGCAGCCAAUGGGAAUUUAGGUGCCAUUUUUCGCUUGUCCAGACGACAAGGCUUUUUUGCUCAAUGUGCCAUUUGACGCUUUCGCAUCAAAAUUGCUUGACCAGGAUCUGUCAUACAGGAUAUAUUUGUACUGUAGUUAUUUAGUGAGCUGAAAAUGUUUGUGGUACCUUGGUAUUGUGGCACUCAGUUUCUGCUGCUUGCAUGGCGUGCUCAUUAAAGUUGCACACCUACUUUGCAUCCUCUCUAUGCUGACUUUACCUAUAAUGCAAAGUAACAAGGAGUAACAAUGAAGAGAAAUGCAUUGCACUUAGUUUUUAUGCAUGGUUGCAUUUAAGGGACACUUAAGAGAAAAAUUAUUUCUUCUAUAUCAGGUAAAUUACCCUUCCACAAUGCCAAAAACACCACUUUUACCGUGAGAAGAUGCUUGGUAAGCCAGAAAAAUCGAAAAACACAAAGGGCGGGUCGCGACGCUGUCUUGAAGUUCCCCCCCAGCUUGCCAUGAUGCCAUAGGUUUUGACAGCAUCUGCUAGGGCCCAGUUAAUUUUUUUUGCAGUAAAGAUAGACUAGAUUGUGUUCUGAAUAUGGCAAUUUUCGUGAACUUUUACUAAGCUAACGCGACCCAAAUACGAAAAAGUACUUUGAAAUUUGUGACGUCACACUGACGUACUGGCAUCGGGGUUUUAAGCAUGAAAUUCAAAAAUGAAACUUGAGCUUCAUGUUCUCAUGUAAUAGUAAACCUGUUAUCGCAAAAUUAACAACACAGGUUUCAAAGAAUGGUUUAUCAGUCUGAAUUGAUACAUUUUUUUCGCUUUAGUGUUCCUUUAAGGAUGUGGUGGUGGCCUUUGUAGGGGAAAGGAUAGGGAAAGAAAGAAUAAAACUUAAUAAAUGCAGCAACUAAAGAUGCUGUGUUUAAUUUCAGGAAACAAUCUUUUGCUGAUUGCCAUCCUUUACAAUCCACUCAUUUAUCUUUCAUUAGGGUGAUGGCCUACACUGUGGACGUGUGUGCAUUUUUGACCAUGGACACACAUAAAUUAUGUGGGAGCUGCAGUCGAGCACUGACUGAAAGCUUGUAUAUUGGACUAAGCCAAUUAGUUUUGCUCUAAAAAAUGGUUAUCUGCUUCAAAAAUGGCCAACAGAAUUUCACCAUCUGCAUUACGCAUUAGCAUUACACUCUUUGAAGUGCUAGGAAAUAUGUCUGUAAAAAGGGCAUUAUGAUGCAUGACCAAACAUGCAGAGGAGCACUGCUGUGGAGGACAGCACUUGUAGUCUCAACGUAAAUAUAAUCCCAGCUGAGGUACAAUCUCAGUGUUGAAUCAAGACCAAAAUUAUAUGCACUUGUCCUGUCAAUGUUUCCUUGUCUGGUGGUGUGUUUUUUUUUUCCCACAGGCAAUUAUGCUAACAUUAAACAUUUACAGAACACAGUGCCUCUUUAUUCUUUAUUUUUGCUUCAGUGGAAGCUACCACGUAAAAAUGCAAACACUGCGUUUGUGAAAUGGGACAUGCCAGAUCUGUGAUCGCAACGGUUACAACCAUGAUCAGGUGUCGUGCGGCAAGGAAUGAUGUGGUUAGUCAUGUGGGGCUGCACCCACAGUAAGAAUAUUAGAAUUUUUUUGUCAUGAUUGUGCCCAUAGUGACAGGAAAAAAAAAAGAAAUGUUGCUCAUAUGGUAUGUAUUUUGCAUAGAGCAGUCUUUAUGAAUUUCUUCGGGACACCACUGUGCAAUGAAAAGCCGCCAGAGCUAAUGCAGUAAUUUGGUUCUGAUCUUCCAUAUGUCACCACUUCCCGUUUAUGCAGCUGUGAACACAAACGUAAUCCAGUGCAUUUGCUCUUCAUUUAAAAAAUAAUGGUCAGUAAAGUACUCUGCAUGACUCAUGUUGUAGUAAUGUUGAGUAGGUAUGCUGAAAACUAUUGUGCUGUUUGAAAGUAGUAUGUAUUCUGGCAAGUGUAUGGAAAUAAAUAAUGAUAGUUUA